AGUAAUACCCCAUUUCGUUUCUGCGGACUUUUAAUCAUCACUGCCCAUUUUUCCUUUUGGUAAUAUUUAUGUUCAAAUAUGUUAAAACCUAAGGUUUUAACUCAAGUCUUGAAUCAGGCAAAUAGCGGAGGGGUUAGAUGCACUUUAUUAAUAAAUUCUGAGGGAGCAUUAUUGGCAUAUGCUGGCUUUGAAGAUAGAAAGAAUGAUGGGAGGACAACAGCAGCAUUAGCUAGCAGUAUAUGGUCGUGCUUCGAAAAGAGUGGAAGACAAGCUACACAGUCAGACAACUUGAAUGUUAUUCUUAUUGAAUGCGAGGAUGGAAAUGUUGCCAUUAAGAGGGUUGCCAAUCUUCUUUUAUGCAUAUACUCUGAUAGAGAGGUUGGAUUUGGAAUGCUCAAAGCAAAAGCAAAAGCUUUAGCCGAAUAUUUGGAAGAACCAUUACAAAAGAUAGUCACCUCCUAA